UAUCAACUUCAUCUACAAGACACCAGUCAAUCCAAGCAAAGUACCACCAACUGCUUCAAUUCUUCAAAAUGGCCCACAAGGAACUCAACAAUAAGGCAGACUUCGACGCUGCCCUCGCGACUAAGGACCGCUACGUCUUCAUCUAUGCCUAUGAAGGCGCUAUCCCACCACCAGCGACGGAGAAUGCCAAGAAGUUCGCCGACACCACCGAUGCCUAUUCUCUCGACGUCGGCAAACAUCACAUGGCCAAGGAACACUUCAAGGUCGAGAAUGUCCCAACUGCGAUUGUCUACAAGGAUGGAAAGGAGCUCAGUCGUGUGGAUAAGAUGGGACCAGAUGCAAUGAAGGCUAUUGAGGAGAUCCUGAGCACUCCCAUUGUUUAGAAAAAGCAAAGAGAGCAGACUGAAGGAAGCAGGAAAGAACAGUACGAAGGAUUUGGUGUUGAGUGCUGAUAGAAAAUAGACUGGAAAUUUAUAUGUAUCGCG